UCUGCCCGGCUGAAAAACAAGGAAUCGGCCUGGUCAGUUUCCUUCGGAAGGAGCCAAACCAGGAAAGGCGGGAAAAGGCGGCGGGGGGGAUUAAACCUCCCGGGCCCCCUUUAGUAAUCGGAGGCCUUCUCCGUGCAACGAUGGCAUCAGCAGCGUAUUCUGGAUCUUCCUCUCUUUGGGAUGGAGGGGGAAACACUCUUAGCAAGGGACCGGUGACGUUCGAGGAGGUGGCCUUGUAUUUCACGGAGGAGGAAUGGGUCCUGCUGGAUCCAGGCCAGAGAGCUCUUUACGAGGAGGUGAUGGUGGAGAUUCAUGAGAUGAUCACCUCUCUGGGAAAUGUCUGGGGGACCACGGCUGAGGGGGAACCAUUGGAAGUGUCACCGGAAAUUGCUGAGGAGAAGGAGGAAUGGAAAUUGGGGAGUCAAGAUGUAGCAAAGAGACAAGCGGGGAGAGAAACGCAGAAACUGGGGGAUGAACCCAGAGUUUCAAAGGGUGGUGAAUAUAAAAUUAAGUGGGAAACUCGUCAUCUAAAGAAAAUGAGAAUGUCUCCUGAUUGCAGUAAAAUCUUAAGUUGUGAAAAAACACUACAUACGCAUCAGGGACAGCAUAUGACAGAGAAACAAUACAAAGUCUUGAAAUGUGGGAAGGGAUUUUUUGAUAAAUCAAGUCUUCCUAGCCAUCAGACAGUUCAUACAAGAGAGAAACCAAAUGCAUCCUUAGAUUGGUUGGAAAGUAUCAGUCCGAGUCGAUGUAUUGCUUCCAGUAAAGAAAAUUGUAUAGGGGAGAAACCAUAUAAAUUCUCCAGAGGUGGCAAGAGCUCUUCUGAUCUUUCCAUGAUUGACAGCCAUGAGAGAAUCUACAAAGGAGAGAAAGCAUCUAAAUGCUUGGAGUGUAGUAAGAGCCUUAAGGAAGAUUAUCAACUGGGCGGACAUCAGGGAAGUCAUACAGAGGGAAAACCAGAUACAUGCCUUGACUGUGGGAAACGUUUCAGCCAGAGAUAUAAUCCAAAAAGAUAUCAGAAGAGUCCCACAGAAAGAGAGAAACCAUAUAAAUGCUUGGAGUGUGGAAACAGAUUCAGUCACCAUCACCACCUUACUACACAUCAAAGAACUCAUGCAAGAGUCGGACCUUAUCAGUGCUUUGAGUGUGGAAAAAGCUUCAGUGAGAGUGCCACCUUUACUGCACAUCAAAGAACUCAUACAAGGGAAAAACAUAAAUGCUUGGAAUGUGGAAAGAGCUUCUGUCAUCAGCAACAGCUUACAUCACACAAAAGAACUCAUAGAGUAGACAAACUCCAUAAAUGCAUGGAAUGUGGAAAGAGCUUCAGUCACAGUAACACCCUUGUGCGUCAUCAAAGAAUUCAUAUAGGGGUUAAACCUUAUAAGUGCUUGGAAUGUGGAAAGAGCUUCAGUCAGCAUGGCCAUCUUACUUUACAUCAAAUAACUCAUACAGGGGACAAACCUUAUAAAUGCUUGGAAUGUGGGAAAAGCUUUACUCACAGUAGCACCCUUACUUUGCAUCAAAGAACUCAUACAGGAGACAAACCUUAUCAAUGCUUGGAGUGUGGAAAGAGUUUCCGUCAGCAUGGCCAUCUUUCUUCUCAUCAAAGAACUCAUACAGGAGAGAAACCUUAUGAAUGCUUGGAGUGUGGAAAGAGCUUCAGUCAGAGCAGUGCCCUUAGUAAACAUCAAAGAACUCAUACAGGGGAGAAACCUUAUAAAUGCUUGGAGUGUGGAAAGAGCUUCAGUUACAAGGGUGCACUUACUUUACAUCAAAGAACUCAUUCAGGGGACAAACCUUAUAAAUGCUUGGAGUGUGGAAAGAGCUUCAGUCAGAAUAGCACCCUUACAUCGCAUGAAAGAACUCAUACAGGGGUGAAACCGUAUAAAUGCCUGGAGUGUGGAAAGAGCUUCAGUUCCAAGGGCACCCUUACUAAACAUCAAGCUACCCAUACAGGGAACAAACCUUAUCAAUGCUUGGAAUGUGGAAAGAGCUUCAGUCGGAGCAGCAACCUUUCUUCGCAUCAAAGAACUCAUACAGGGGAGAAACCUUAUAAAUGCUUGGAGUGUGGAAAGAGCUUCAGUUUCAAGGGCAACCUUACGAAACAUCAAACAACCCAUACAGGGAACAAACCUUAUAAAUGCUUGGAAUGUGGAAAGAGCUUCAGUCAGAGUAGUGCCCUUAGUAAACAUCAAAGAACUCAUACAGGGGAGAAACCUUAUAAAUGCUUGGAGUGUGGAAAGAGCUUCAGUUACAUGGGCGCCCUUACUUUACAUCAAAGAAUUCAUUCAGGGGACAAACCUUAUAAAUGCUUGGAGUGUGGAAAGAGCUUCAGUCAGAAUGGCACCCUUACUUUGCAUGAAAGAACUCAUACAGGGGAGAAACCUUAUAAAUGCUUGGAGUGUGGAAAGAGCUUCAGUUCCAAGGGCACCCUUACAAAACAUCAAACAACCCAUUCAAGGAACAAACCUUAUCAAUGUUUGGAAUGUGGGAAGAGCUUCAAUCGGAGCAGCACCCUUACUUUGCAUCAAGGAACUCAUACAGAGAGCAAGCCUUAUCAAUGCUUGGAGUGUGGAAAGAGCUUCAGUCAGAGUGCCUCCGUUACUUCGCAUCAAAGAACUCAUACUGGGGAGUUCGAUAAUUACUGCAUUCCCUUGGUACCCCUUUGGAAUUGGGAUGUAUAUUGAACACUUCCAGUCUGUGGGCCAUUGUUUUAUUUUCCAUAUUUGUUGACAAUUUUUUGUCAAAAUGUGGACAGAUUCAGUCUCAGUAACCUGUAGCAACUCUGUUGGUAUGCCAUCUAUUCCUGGUGAUUUGUUUCUUCCAAGUAUUUUAAGAGCAGCUUCCAUUUUGCAUUCUAAGAUUUCUGGUUCAUCAUCAUAUGGUUCCUCUGUGAAUGAAUCUGUCAUCCUUGCAUCUCUUUUAUAUAGUUCUUCAGUGUAUUGCUUCCAUCUUUUAUUUUAUCUCGUUCAGUCAGUGUAUUCCCCUGUUGAUUAUUCAACAUCCCUACUCUCAGUAUAAUUUUCCUUUCAUUUCUCUAAUCCUUUUGAAAAAAGCUCUUGUUCUACCUUUUUUAUUAUCUUCUUCUCUUUCUAUACAAUAGUGGUUGUAAUAGUUCUCUUUGUCCCUACGUACUAGGAUUCUGACCGUGUUUCUGUCUCCUUUUGCUUUUGCUUUCCUUCUGUCUUUAACCAUUUUAAGAGUUUUGUCAGUCAUCCUUUGAAGUCUUUCCUUUUAGCUAGAGGUAUUGUCUUUUUACAUUCUUCCCUGAUAAUGUCUCUUGCUUCAAUCCAUAGUUCUUCUGGUUCUCUGUCCACUAAGUUUAAAGCCUUAAAUCUGUUCUUUAUUUGCUCUUUAUAUUCUUCUGGGGUGUUGUUUAAAUUGUAUCUUGGCGUAACGAUUGUUUUGUUCUUCUUUAGCUUUACUCUGAUUUUCAAUAUUACCAGUUCAUCAUUUGUACCGCAGUCUGCUCCUGGUCUUGUUUUCGCAGCAAGUAUGGAACUUCUCCAACUUCUGCUUCCUAUUAUCAAUUUGAUUCCUUUAUUGACCAUUUGGUGAUGUCCAUGUAUACAGUUGUCUUUUCAGUGGCUCAGAAAGUGUGUUUGCUAGAAACAGAUUACUGGCUUCACAGAAUUCAAUAAGUUGUUCACCUGCUUCAUUACUAUCUCCUAAGCCCAAUUUCCCCAUAAUUCCUAGUUCUUCUCUUUUCCCCACUUUUGCAUUCCAGUCCCCCAUGAUUAUCAGCAUAUCUUGUUUUGGUUUGUGAUCAAUUUCUUCCUGUACUUCUGCGUAUAAUCUCCCCAAUUCCUGUUCUUCUGCAUUUGCCAUUGGAGUAUAGACUUGGAUAAUGGUUAUGUUAAUACAUUUCCCAUUUAAUCUCAUUGAUAUCACUCACUCAGACCUUGCGUUAUAGCUCCUAAUUUCUUUUGCUACAUCACUUCCCACUAUUAAAGCAACCACAUUUCUUCUUAAUUUAUCAUUUCCUGAAUAAAAUAUUGUAGUUGCCUGAUGGAAAGUGUCCCAUUCCCGUCCAUUUUAAUUCACUCACUCCAAGUAUUGUAAUGUUGAUAUGUUCCAUUUCUUGUUUGAGAAUUUCUAGCUUUCCCUGGUUCAUGCUUCUCACAUUCCAUGUUCCUCUAGUGUAUAUCAUACAACUCUGGACUCGCCUUUUGCAUCUGUGCUCAUCAACCUCUGGGCUUCCUUUUGGUUUUAACCCAGUUGCAUAAUUAGUCACAGUGCUACUUGUACUUGUCUUCCCCAGUAGCUCAGUGAGUGCCAUCUGACCUGGGGGUCUCAUCUUCCAGCACUAUCACAUAUUGCAUUUUAUUAUUAUUUAUUUAUUUAUUUUAUUCAGCUUAUAUCCCGCCCGACUAGCAAACAGCUCUCUGGGCGGCAAACAUAGAAACAUAUACAAUAAUAAAAUUACAAGAUCAAUAUAACAAAUAUAAAAGUACAUCAUCUAAAAUACCAAUUACAACAUUUACAUAAAUAACUUAGAUUAAAAUGCCUCAGAGAAGAGAAAGGUUUUAACCUGGCGCCGAAAAGAUAAUAGUGUCGGCGCCAGGCGUACCUCCUCGGGGAGACUAUUCCACAAUUCGGGGGCCACCACUGAGAAGGCCCUAGAUCUUGUUACUACCCUCCGGGCCUCCCUAUGGGUCGGGACCCGGAGGAGGGCCUUCGUUGUAGACCGUAGUGUACGAGCCGGUUCAUAACGGGAGAGGCGUUCCUGCAGGUAUCGUGGUCCCGCGCCGUAUAAGGCUUUAUAGGUUAAUACCAACACUUUGAAUCUGGCCCGGUAGCAUAUUGGAAGCCAGUGCAGGCGAGCCAGAACAGGUGUUAUAUGCUCAGACCGCUUAGUUCUUGUUAGCAGUCUGGCCGCCGUAUUUUGCACUAGCUGUAGCUUCCGAACCAUCUUCAGAGGUAGCCCUACGUAGAGCGCGUUGCAGUAGUAGUCCAAACGUGAGGUUACCAGAGCAUGAACCACUGAUGUAAGGUCCUCCUUACUCAGAUAGGGACGUAGCUGGGCUACCAACCGAAGUUGGUAAAACACAUUCUGUGCCACCGAGGCUACAUGGGCCUCGAGUGAUAGGGAAGAGUCUAAAACGACUCCCAAACUACGAACCUGAUCCUUUAGGGGGAGUGUAACCCCGUCCAGGACAGGGUAUGUAUCCACCAUCUGACCAGAGAAACCAUCCACCAGCAGCAUCUCAGUCUUAUCCGGAUUGAGUCUGUUUGUUAGUUCUCAUCCAGUCCAUUGUUGCGUCCAGACAACGGUUCAGCACAUCGACCGCCUCACCUGAAGAAGGUGAAAAGGAGAAGUAGAGCUGCGUGUCAUCAGCGUACUGAUGACAACGCACUCCAAAACUCCGGAUGACUGCACCCCCAACGGCUUCAUAUAGAUAUUAAAGAGCAUGGGAGACAAGACCGAACCCUGUGGGACCCCAUAUUGGAGAACCCACGGGGUCGAGCAAUGUUCCCCAAGUAUUAUCUUCUGGAGACGGCCCGCCAAGUAGGAGCGGAACCACUGCCAAGCAGUGCCUCCAACACCCAACUCCGCAAGUCUCUCCAGAAGGAUACCAUGUAUACAUAAGGCCCCGCUUGUUGGCGUUCCGCUAAUAUGGCGGCACCGGCGGGGCAAUCAGCUGGAGCACAGGGAGCUGCAGCCACUGCACUACAGCUGACAGGGAUAAGCUGGAGCGUGCGAGCUCCCCGUGCUCCAGCUGAUUGCAUGCUCCAGCUGAUCACUGUCAGGUGGAGUUCAGUGGCUGGACCACCCCGCACUAUAGCUGAUCGCGCAAUCAGCUGUAGGGCAGGGAGCUUGCGCGCUCCAGCUAAUUGCUGUCAGAUGGAGGGCAGGAAGCUCCUGAGCUACAGCCGAGUAGGGCCCCACUUUCUGGUGGUUUUCACUUUUCGGCGGGGGCCUGGAACCUGCCAUAUGAGUGGGGCCCUACUGUAGUCUAUUGAUUGGGUUUGUCAUACGGGGACCAACCUUAUCAAUGCUCGGAGUGUGGAAAGAGCUUCACUCGGAGUAGCACCCUUUGCAUCAAAGAACUCAUACAGGGAACAAGCCUUAUCAAUGCUUGGAGUGUGGAAAAAGCUUCAAGUGAGAGUGGCAACUUCACAUCAGGGAACUCAUACAAGGGCAAAACCUUACCAAUGCUUCUAUGUCAGCCCCUAAAAUGAUGAAAAAGUGUUUCUAGAGGUGUUUGUCCCAUGACCUGUCAUUUACCAAGACAGAACUGAAUGUUAAGGAAAAGUGAUAAAAGGACAAAGUAGAAUGCAGAAAAGUUGGGGUUUCAAUGGGGAUUAAAAAAAAAAUACCCUCACUGCUAGAACUCACUACUACUAUUUAUUUAUUUAUAGCAUUGGUGUGCCAUAAUUAUUAUUUGUAUAAACUGCAUCUUCUUCUUCUUAGUAAAGUUACCUAACCAUAUUCUAUUUUUCCCAGUAAUAAUAAUUUCAUAUAUGGAUUCUUAUUUCUCCCUUCUCCAAGAUUCAAUAAUGUGCUGUGGAUUUCUCUGACAUUAUCAGACUCCUAUCUUCCGUAGCCUAAAAUGCAUUUGCUGGUAUUCUACUGAUGUAUUUACUAGGGGCUGUCCCCCUGCUUGCUUCACUUACCAUCCCUGCCAAGCUAAGACUGAUGGGAGUUAUAGUUCAGCAACAUCUGGAGAGCCUUUAUUGUCUUUAUAUUGUAUUGACUAGAUUUUUGUAUUUGUACUUUUGUAUCCCCCCCCAUAUUAAUCUGUUCACUGCUGUGGUCAAGAAUCAGUAUACAAAUAUAUAAACAAACAUCUGCAGUACAGUAGGUGUAGGGAACCUUUGGCUAUUCAGCUAUUGCUACAGCUCACAUCAGUCCCUGGGAGCAUGGCCAAGGAGCAGGGGUGAUGGGAGUGGUAGUUCAGCAACACAUGGGAAGCUGAAGGUUGCCCCCACAAGGUAUGGAGACUCCACAAACUCAGCCCCUCCUCCAGAACCUACCUGCCUCCUCUCCGUGUCUGUUCUUGUUCCUCCCAUGCACUGCACCCCUUUCCCACCCUCCUCUCCCCAGAGUCCUAAGCCUGCCUCUCACACAGAACCUCCUUUUCCCUUCCAGGCCUUCCCCAGCGACUCCCAUCCCACCCCCAAUCCUGAG